AUGCGUUACUUCUUUAGUUCUGAAAUCUCACUCGUGAUAGUUCUCCUUCUAUCGCAAAACAGGUGGGCUUUUUUCCUCAUUUUAUUUUUAUUAUAACUUGCUUGGGAAAGUAACCCUGGCACAUCUUUGCUAAAAAUGACCUUAUUCCAAGUAAAUCAUGCCCUUAGGCUAAACAGUUAUCGACAGUUAUCAGAACACAUGUACAAAUGUCCAAAAAAUUUAUACAUAUAGAACUUAUCGUCAGAUUAUGAUGUCUACGCAAAAUUCAAUUGGGCUGAAUGAUAUUCUUGUUUAAAAUAAAUGUCUUUAGCAGAUUCUUUACAGGUUUUUUAGUGGAUCCGGCCUUACGGAGAUGGCUUUAAUUAAUCGAAUGAUAAUUUUAUAACCGGGAGAUACUACUCCAAGAUUAUGAGGUGAACUUUAUUCAAAAGUACAGCCUGCAUAUUUCAUAGAAUUUGGUCAUUUGACAAAAAAUUCAAGCAUGCUUGCACGAUUUUGAACAGAGUAUGCAUUUUGCACUCGGUUAGCUAUAAGUCUGGAGAUGUUUCGUGAAAGUGCUGUUAAUUUGAUUUCAGCAUACAUAUAUCUCCUCACCGGAAUUAUGGACAAAGUAGGUUUCAUAAGAACGGCACAUGUCGAGUGUAUGCUUAAAUGGACUGAGUGUUGGCAUGCCCUGGUAACCUCAGUUUUCAGAAAAAUAGAGGGAACCGCAAAACGUCUUGCUCCAAGGACAUCCACUCGCGCUAAGUAGAGCAUUUUGCUGCUUACACAAUCCAGUCCUACUAGCCACAGUGUUGCCGAAGAGUUAGUGAAAAUAUUCCUGCUGUAGAAAAUUUGUUUUCCAAUUUUGUACACAGUGGUUUCGCCUGUUUCAAGACUUUAAACGUCAUAGUUAAUAUUUGCUAUCGCAAUCAACGUGGCACUGGGUCCGUGGCUGAACUUUAGUGCGUUCGACUCAACACCGUUUAAUAAAUUAAAGAAUCCGCGAUCUAAUCUGAAGGUCCUGCAAACCGGUGACAAGGUAAAGCUAGUUGCCGCAGCUGAUGGACCAAAAUUCGCCCUCUCGGUCUCUCUUAUCUUUGUCAAUUUUCCUUCUCAAAUAGUUGUUACCCGAUUUUCUCAAAAAUCCAUUGCAUUUCGCUUCGUGUUACUCUAGGGACAGCCCUUAUUCCGAGUGAAUUACUGAACUCUGCAAGAAUCGAGUACAUUACCUCAUGAACGGCUUCAAUAAAUUGUAAAUAUUAAACGAAACUGCACGUCAUGCCAGCUUCAAAAGAUUAUCUGAUAUACACAAUGUGUGAACUAUAGGCAUGACUUUCAGGCAUCGCUUUGACGGAGACACAAAGACUCACAUACGGCGUAUAAAUAGCACAUCCAUAUCACACUCUGUCUAGCAGAAUUCAUGAGAAUUCUUGAGAAGAAAGCUAAAAUGCUGACUAAUAUGCACGUCACUUUGCAUGAUGAAAGGGGGUUCAUUUACAGUUCCUGCUUUGGUCAAGUUUGCAGCUUUCAGCCGUAGCUACAAUCAUAAUUACGAGGAUGAAUGUACAAAAUUCUGACUUGCUGACGUGUCACAUAAGAUUCAUUAUCGAUUGGAAAGAUCCAGCCAGCUGAAUUUACAAUAUUUAAUGGCGUGCAGAAAAUUCCAGAGCAUCCCAGUCGCGCUGAGAUACCACCAUUUAAAUGGACUUCAUCGAAUUCGGAGGUCACCGUAUCAUAAAGCGCACUUUAUUGACUGGACGCACAAGAAUUCCAUUACUCAUUCUCAUUAGACAGCAUAUUAUGUCUGAAAAAGGUGUGCUCCAGUUUUGAAGACACUUUUUUUCCAGGGUUUGCGUUUAGGGUUCCCAAGUUACAAAUUGGCAUCUUGGUGGGGUUGGAUUAUCUUGAGAUAACGUUACAACCCCCCUUACAAAUCAUUCCUAUUCGAAAGUAUAUUUUUGAAUUUCGGUAAGUAGUUCAUGAGAUAUUGCAGUCGCAUAACGUCUUUGCUGCCGAUAGACCACGAUACUUGAUAAUUACUUAAUUAGUCUGUCAUAAUAACUGCGGGCUGUUAUAGAAGGCAAUAUUUGAGAAUUAAGCAGUCCUCUGGGAAAUGAAUGUUGGGAAAGGGAUUUAAUCAUUAUGUUUCAUUGCAGAUGGGUGGAGGUUCCAAGUAUUCAAGUGACGGAAAGUAGAACUGCAAAAUCCUAAGUUAUGUGUUUUGUCCUCUGAACAUAUAAUACGGCUGGCUUUACGCUUACGUUUAAACCUAUUCAUUUCUUCUGUUCCACCAAAGUCUGUCAAUAAACAUUUGCCAAUGGAACAGCAGAAAAAUAAUAUCUACAAGCGGCUAUUAUAAACUUACAACACUGAGUCCUUCUUAUUACUCGGUAGGUUUUAUUUUAAGCAUAUUGCUAAUCUUUACAAAAUGCGCCCUUUAAAAAACUUUCAGAUAUACAAAAUCUAGUGUGAUACUUUGUUUUCUGUCGUAAUAUGAAUCUACUCCCCACUCAAACAACCUACUGCUGCCUUUUUAAUGCAUGUUACUAACUUCUAACCUUGUUUGUGUGACUGUUUGAAUUCUAAAUCAUUACCGACAUAGGAAAUUGCACACGUGUCAAUAGUUGAUUUGUUUGAACUUCAAUGGCACUUUUGCCUCUCGCCAAGGCAUCUGCUUGCAUGAUUCAUAAUUUUAGAUUUUGGCGAGUUGGAUAUUUUUUCCUAAUUCGUCAGAAGUGCGAUUUGAAAAUAUUCUUAUAGGUCUUACAGGAGCAAAUGCAUUUUCUCUUUUAUUAAAUAGAUGUAACAAGGGAUCAUGUGCAGGUUUCAUGCGUUUUCUACUAAUAUCCGUUAUAGGCUGAUCCUUUCCUGCGGUGUUUCUUGACUAUAUUUCUAGCUGAAAGAUUGAAUAUCAAACGCUAUUUUGAUAGCAGUUGCCCGUGUUAUUUCAAAUUGUUCUAGAAGGGCUUCAUAAAUGGACAAAAAUUCUCAACCUCUUGGUGGAAAUUAUACACCUGCGAGACAGACAGUCGCAGUUUCCAAUGCUACAGCGGCAAAAGUAUGUUCUACACGUUUGCCAGAUUAUUUUGUCAUAAUACGGCAAAAUCGUUCGAUUACAAGUGCUUUACUCUGGGCGUAACAUUUCAACAGCAGCUAAGUAUAGCAACGGUAUCAAAUAUUUUACUGGAGACUUGUCACUAUAACGCUUUUACUAGCAACUACCCCAAAAUUAAACUCAGGUACCUUCUUGGCUUUUAUCUUAUUUAACGAAGGCGGAUUUACCAACUGUGGGCUAGAGUACAAGUAGAUCAAAAAUGGCUGUGCGAUUGACAAUCCAGCGUAAAUAUUAUGAUAUAAUAUCUGGCAUUUAUGGUAAAGGAUCCAUUGAAAUAAGCGUUUCAUUAAUGAAGGUGCGUGAGAGAGAACGGUCAUUCAAAUAAGUGAAUAUGAAAUAAUUUCGAUCGUUAGCUACUUUCGUGCUGACUGGAAAUUACUAUCGUCCAGGUGUGCUGAGUUUAAAACCUCAGAGGCGAUCAUAACCUUGGGAAUUUAUAUUAAUUCUUUCAUAUGUGGAAAACCCUACGAACUUUUAGAAAAAAUCUAUCGUAAAUAUAUACGCAUAUAUUGUAUACAGUGAGUUUACUAGCUUAAGGGAAUACAGCACUAAGUAAUAAGUCCAGCUUGCUCAAUUUUUAAAGCAUCAUUUAUCUUCAGCUAACAUCUAACAAACUCUUAAUAAUUGUUUUGUCUAAUGGCAAAUAACGUCAUAUUGUCAGAAAGAAGUAUUGCGUCCACCUAAUCGGCAUUAUAUUAUAUUACUAACUUGGGUAAAAGUAGGUAGAUAACCUUCACCAAGUAUGCCCUUGUAAUUGGGAUGUUUUCGUUUGUGGCUACACCUAAAGCCAUAAGAAGACGCUGGCCACUACGAUACUCAGGACCGGUUGCGGAGUGGAAGAUACGGAUUUGGACGCCAGCUGAUAGGAUACUGUAUUCUAUGAAGAAGGAUUGGAGAGCCGGCCGGAGUAAGCUGGGAAACGGACGAAAGAACAUGUCUGGCGCCACGGGAUGUGCGGCCCAGUCGGCGGUGGGGAAUGCGUUACAGCGGGUUGAGCGACGGCUCGUCUUAGUCAGCCUUGAAUGAGAUUGGCCGGGUUGGGCAGCCGUGGUUGACCGAGGCCCAGACUACCGCUGGCGCGCAGGUGCAAGCACCCGUAAGAGGCACGGCGUCAAGGUUAAGGUUAGCAUAAGCGCUCCCACCCAACGGAACGGAGGAGGAACGAGUAGCUUACUAAUGGCGAUGUUGUCGACAGUGGGGGGCGGCUAUAGCUGGCAGAAGAGAGUCAGGGUAAUAGGGAGGUUAGGGAAAAGCCGGCGGUUGGUUUGUUGAUUUGAACGCCGACGGCAUAUCCGUUUGUUGUGCUGGUAUUUGUUGGUUUGAUUGAGGGGACAUCACUGUGGAUACCGGACACUUGGAGGGACGUCCAGGUGUCGGGCCUAAUGGAUGAACUACGUUGACGGACUUGAUAGAAACCAUGGCGUUAGCUUUACGAGCUGCGGUUGUUCGAUUAAUCCCAUUUUACGAUAUUUUAAAUAGGCUGUUUUGCCUUUUAUCUCCCUGCUAUUCCCAUAAGUCUUUUAAAUUCACGACGACAAAUGAGGUCUAGACGGUUUGCCAUGGUUUUUCGACGUCCAAAUAUGUACAACUUUGAAUUUUCCAUUUAGUGUUGCAUAAUUCAUGCGCAAAAUAAUGGCAGAUGAGUCGUCCUUAGAAAAGACCUGUGCUUAGCAUGGACAUUAGAAACUACUGGUAGGUUAGCGUUCUCGGAUCUCUUCCAACGUUUAGCCUAUGCCAUUAAGGUGCCCGAUUACACAAGGCACAUAGAAUUCUUCGUCCAGUUGAGGAUGUAUGUAUGGAACAAGGGUUCACACAUAAUUAACGAAUUUCUGAGAAACUGAAAAAUAAUGUUAUGCUCUCUCGUUGGCUGUCAGAUUUCACAUGAGAUCGGAUUUCGGUUAGAUCGCAGUUGGCAGCCAGGAAUGGGAAGCGGACGGUGACCUAAGCCUAACCCUAACCUCACCAGUAAACGUUAGCCGUUAACCGUAACAGCAACCCUAAUCGUAGCCUUAACCGAAAUCGUAAACAUUACUGUAGCCCUUAGGCAUAGGCGUAACUAGGAAACCUACCCGUAAUACAGAAACCUAUUCUUACGUUCAAAACCUAACUGUAACCCGAAAACCUAAGCCUAAAGGCAUAACCAUAACCCGAAAAUCGGAAACUAUUAACCGGUGCCCUAAUCUUAACCUCAACCGUAAAACGGAAGCCAAAUGGGUCAUAUGUGAUUAUGGAGGUUCACAAAAUAGCCCCAGUAAACAAACCCCCCAGCCACCUGUAAUGCGGGACCUGGCUACCAACUGCGAUCUAGCCCGGAUUUCGUUAAGACCGAAUAGGCGUAUAAAGCGCAUUUAAAAUGUAAGCGGUGAUUCCGAUACUUUAAUUGGACAUUGAAGACACUUGCUUUAGCGAAAUGCAGGAGCUGCUGAUUCCGGAGCAGAACACGUUAGCAUUUACAAAAGUGGUAACGUUGCAUCUCAUGGCAUGCAGUGCAGUCUCAAAAAAAGUUGAUUUAAAUUGCACAAACGUUACAUCGGGUGAGUUUACAAAUAAAUUGGAACAAUUCAGCAGCCAGACAUUUGUGGCAUAUUUUAAUUGUUCGCGGGCCUUAAGGAUUCUGUGCGUCUGUUUGUAGCAUGAUUCAGCAGACCAUGGCACUCGCAGCCUGGUGGGCGCGGGCAGUUCUCUGGAGCCAGGUUUCCGGCCGGUAGAUGGGCUUGCGAUCCCGCUGUGUAUACAGGUUGCGUGCACGACAGCCCAGCCGCCCCACUCUUUCUGUUCUUAUUUCUUUUAAUUAAAAACCAUGGCCAAAUAUUUGUUAUGGGCCAGGGAAUGUGGAGUUGUACGCCUAGGCGCAGGUCCGACCGCGCCACUCACUUGCGUCCUAUCCCCAGACGGUGAUAUAAGCCAUCCUGCAUUGCCGACGGUCUUGCCAAAAAUUUUACAUCGGGGUUGGUUAAACUUUUGUGAAAGGCUGCUAUGCUGUGAUUCAGCAAACCAUGACCCUCGCAGCCAGGCGUGCGCUGGCAGUUCUCUGGUACCCAGUUCCCUGCCGGGAAAUGCGCUUGCGCUCCCGCUGCGUACACAGGUAGUGUACACGGUUGAACAGUGACUUGCGUUAUCCUUCCCCUUCUGACUCAACUUUGUUAAAAUGCUGGUCAAGUGUUUGAUGUAGAUGUGGAGGUAUGGUGGUACGCUUACGUACGGGACCGGCAGUGCCGGCCACCUGCGCUCUCUCCGCCUUCGGUCUUCUUAACUAUGUCCGGACACUAAGUUCAGACGCGAGAGGAGGAGGGAGUGCGGUAGAUUUUGAGCAAUUAUGCUAUCACUAUAAACUGAUUCAAGUACAAGUCAUUGAGCUUUUUCUCCCCUUGCAGUAAAGCACAUGGUUGACAUUAUCGGUGGACAACAGUCGAACUGUCUGUAUAUACUAAAGAUAUCAUUUAUCUAGAGUGGCUUUCCGAGGCAAACAAGCCUUCAAUAGGUGACGGAGUCCACGGACAGGCGACUUCCUGUCAGGCCAGGCUAUGAGGACAGGGAACGCUGGUAGACUGACGCAGUAUUGUUUCGGGUUUAUUCUCCCUCUGAUAUCAUUUAUCGCCUCGUUCGUAUAAAACUGCCAUUUAAUCUCACAGCACACGGCUUGGAUGUCACAACACUGGAGUUUGAGAAUAUAACCGGAGUGGAUGCCGUUGUCAUUAAUUCCACCUACCCGAUCACGGUUCAUCGGGUAAAGAAGCCCGCAAAAUCCACCAAAAUACGUAAGCAUUUAACUUUGAGUUUACCUGGGUAAAAUCUGUACUUUCUUUCAAUUGUCAAACCAAUUCUGAAAACCAAUUUGGUCUUAGUUAAGUAAGGCUUAUGCAAAUGAUGUGACAGAGCAAAAAUCCGGCAAAGGCAUGGUUUUAAUGAAUAUUCCGUAGACAUUUUAUGCUGAACGGUAUGUUAGGGAAGAAAAGUACCAAAUGUGAUGCAGUUAGGAACGGCAAUAAGCAAAGACGUUAAUAUUUGUGGUGUGACGACAGAUCAAGUUACACAUGAAUUAGACAAACCUGAACUCACUGACUUCCCUUCUCUCUAAAAGCUCGCUUCCAUCUUACGGAAUCAACGGAAUUCAACUAUUGCCCGAAAUGGGACCAGUUGAAUCUAACAUGGACCCUGAUUGGAGAUGUUACUUCGACUCAACUUGUAGGUUUGAAGGAAAUUUUUCUAACGCAAUGGUCUUUAACCUCUACAGUUGACGUGUUUCGCAAAUAAGACAAAACUUUGUGAAGGAACCACCAUCGACAUAAGUGAGAAAUCAGGAAAGUGUGGUAAGUUAAAAUUUGGCUGUGGUUGAUUCUAGGAUCUCCGUCUCAGCUGUACUCCAGCGUACAUGUUCCCUUAUAAACAGUCUGAUGCUCUCUGAAACUAUAAUGACACGCUAGAUGACAUAGCAUGGACGAUUAGAAACCGACUGGGUACCAAUCGGCAAAGGCUCCUUCCGAAUGUGGGCUCUUCGGCACUAUCACUCAAGUUAAAUUGGAACAACCUCUUUCUUGUUUCUGCUAAACCGUUGCCCAUCGUGUUCGGACUGGAUCAUAUGUGGCGCGUUUAGAUGAGCCGUUUAAGUUUUAUUCAGGCACCGUGUUCGAUCAGCCUGCCUCUGUACCAGAGGUAUGAGGGAGGAGAGAUUGUAGUAGGUGCUGCGUCAGUCGGUUUUCACUAAAAGUCACUUCAUGCUCGAGCAACCCUCCCUGAGUUCUGUACGCUGUCGGACACAUAAUGUACAUCGUCGUCCUCUACAAAUGAAAUGGCGCCUAAACUUGACGCGCAAGUCAUAGUAAACACAAACGGCGCUUGAAACACACGUGGUGAGUAUAAAGUCAUCUGAAAACGAUUUGAGCCAUAUUUUUAAGUGCCUGAGGCACCAGAAACUCUAGACAUAAAAUAUCUUAAUCAUCGCAAUUCUUCAGAAGGAAAAUUGCAAAGUAGGCAUUGGGGAAUAUAUUUAACAGAAAUCCUUCAUUUCACCUAUCACGCUCCAGCUCAGGAUCUAUGGAAAAUCCGAAAUAUUGUUGACCCAUGAAUGGAAGAUGCGUAACGUUAAAGACGUCGAGAAAUUCCCUCCUCAACUUCCGUUUUCAUUUGACAAAACUGAUCAUUUGCAAAUUUAAAUCUUGUCUUACUCAUGAGUAAUGACUUCAUGAGCCGCAAAAUCAGAAGGCUUAUUAGUGCGAAGAAGAAUUUGAAGGCGUCUUUUGAUUUUGCCAAUCAUCGCGAAUGAAAAUUAGAUAGUACUUACUAAAUGAAAAGAUGCUAAAGUACUCAGCAGCGGCGAAUGUGCUCAAUUUCUAUUCAGAUAACACCGGUAAAAUUUGCAAACAAAAAAUCUUAAUAAGCGGUCAACUUGGUGCUUAAAAGUCGAUAAAUCUUAUUAUGGAUGCUUGGAGUUUCCAUAAUCCAAGACAGGUAUUCACACACGGUGAAAGCUAAAUUUAAAGACUAACUGAAUGAUACGAAAGACGCCAAAACAGGUUAAAAAACCGACAUUAAACAGACUGAAGGAAUAUCGUCUGAAGCGUCGCUCAAGUAACAAAGCAACGAUUGGUUAACUUAAAUGAGACAUGAACAUCGCAAAACUUAUAUGCUUUUCUUUAUAAACUGAUGCAAACUCUGCCCAUGCAGACCCCAGACGUUACAGAAACAUACGAAGAUACGAUUUUCGAGUAGGCUGUCCAAAGAGGAAGUCCACCGUUAGAGAUUUAUUUGCCAUUUGACGCUUCGAGAAGCCGUCUAGACUAAUUUUAUUCAGAGACUGCAGAGCUCUGAGCACACCACUCGUUAUACGGCGUAUUUUGUGCUGCAUGUAUAUCGCCAACGUCGACUGAUGCUGAAUCGGACCACUAUUUAACCGUGACCUGUGUCGUCCUCGCCCUCGUUGAGUGUGGCUAGAAUUGUCGGCAUCGAUCAUUUCACGCCGUCACUGUCUCACUUCAAUAAGAUCCGUAAAACCAGAAGAUCAGUUUGUAUUGCUUUUGGCUGAACAGCUACACAUGUGUGUGAUCGUCGCUUACACCGAUGAUGUUAACGACCUUGAAGUUUAAGUUGUGCCCCAUCUAAAUGGCGGGGUUGGCUACAUCUGGCUGUUGGCAGAAAAUGACCUUCUUGUCGUGAUUGUGGAUGGGGUCUCUUUGCCACAUGACUUGCCGGCGGAUUAUUCAGUCAGGCUCAUGAAAAACUCCCGUCCCGAGUGACGCAAGAGUUGAUAAUGAUAAGCAUUUUACUGAGCUCUUGCGUGUGUGCAGUCAUAUUAACUUAAAGACAUGCCCACAAAUAAAACUCGAAACGAAUAAGUAUAAUAGCAGAUUUUUCUUGAAGUGAAUGACGACUGAAGGGUUGGACGCCAGGAUAUUAUGGGAAAGUAAGAUAAGACGUUGAGCAAACAGGGCAAAUAUCGCCUCGAAUACUUUGCCAAAAAGAAGCAAAAUAGAAGUGAUUUGCGAGUUUUUAGGCAAACAUGGCUGUCACUCCUGGAAAGAAAAUAAGUAUGUGGGACAGGACCGUCCAUAGAAAAUUCGAGACCUUCAUUGUCAAUGAAAAUACGCAAAUCAGAAAAGGUCACUUGUAGCCAAAUACGUGGUAAAUGCGAUCAUGAAAUUUUCUGGCCGACAGCAGAAACGACCAUUCAAGUGUGCAAAGAAGGAAUCCACAGUGAUCUUUGAUGGUUCCUUUCAAUCUGAAAUGAGGAGGGAAUGUUAAACCCUGCAUCGUUGAAGGUGACAUUAAAAGUGGUUAAGCAACUAAUUAGGAACAUGGGAGUCGGUAGAAUUUAUUGAGGUUCUAAACGAAUAAAGGAAUUGUGUGGGAACUGUCCAUAACCUUAGAGCUCUCUUUUAUACACAAAGAUGCGCCGUUCUGAAAGAUAGGUUGGACGGCCGCCUAUUGGCGUCUUAAAAAGAACGAGUGGGAAUGGAGGAUAUUAAGUGAAGUAAAUAGCGAAAAUAACUCCUAGAACAAUUGGCUAAAAAAAUACAAAAUAAACGUAAUUUAUGAGUUUUUUUUCAAAACGACGAAGACUCUCCCAUGGGAGCAAAAUAGGUUUUUUUGACAGGAACAUCCCGCUAAUGAUUCUAGUCGUUCCUCGUCAAGGAAAAUUCGCGAACCCGAAGAGGUAAUUUGCGACCCCAUGAACGGUCGAUGCGACCGUAAUAUACACUAUCUAACUGCAGAAACAACCUCCAGGUGCAAGACAGAGAGACCUAUGGGCAUUCUCAGCAGUUCCUUUAAGUUCGAAAUGAGAAGAGCAUGUUGAAGAGAUCGAAAGACAUCAUUUCAGUCGACGACACAACUGAAUUUAACAGCGAAUUAACAGCAUAGGGACUUGUUAGAAUUAAGUGGGAGUUGACGGAUGGAAAAAUUGAAUUACAUUAGAUUUACAUGGGGCCUCGUUUUAUCCUUUUAACUGCACAUUACUCUGCUAUGAUUUUUGUUUAAUUAGUCAGUCAGUAUAUUCGAAGUAAAGCAUCGAGGCCCUGGAAAACACCAUAAUAACAACACAGUUCUGCCUAAAAAGCAACCGAUUAGCGAAUUCAUUCAGGCAAUUUCAGAAUCCAAUCAUGCUCCGCUAAAGGUGGAGAAGAGGUGUCGUCAACUUUUCAUGCCCAAAAAUUAGGUUUUUACUCCGCGAAUAGCCCUCUUCUGAGCUUUCGGAAAACAGUCGUAAAAAUCAACACUACGACUAUUGGACAUAUCGGGAUGCCCCUGAUUUACAUUUGAAUGUUCAUUGUGGAAGCAGAAUUUGUCUUGAUGCAUGUUGGUUCACUUGUUAUAGUUACCGACGCUAAUAAUAACUCUUGUGGUUUCAACAAGGCUCAUUUGUCAUAUGCCGUCGAGAUAUUGUACCAACGAUAACGUGAGCACUUUACUAAUUAAUUGUGGCAUUAUGAUGCGACAUUUCCAAAUACUGAGAACAUAAGCAUCAGAACUUUACUUCCCUCCCCUUACAGUUGUCUCUGAGGUCUCAGGACAAGUGAACUUCACGCUGACAGUUUCAAGACAGAAUGCAACCGGACUGUCAUUUUACUACUGCCAACUGAAUGCAACAUUGGGAGAGAUCGUGACCUACGUGGUAGACUGGAGAGGUCUGUCUGUCAAUUUUUAAAUUCAUUUGAAACUCCGCCCAUUUGCAGCUGUAUUUCGGGUUCUAAUCCGGCGUAUUGAGACAUUAUGACGGCGCAGAUCUCGAAUUCUCCUGUAGUAGGUAUUAUUGUUUUCGAUAGUUUGAUGUCUUCGGUAAAUUACUUGCCUUAAGACAACAAACGAGUUAGAAGAGGAUGUAAAUGCGGAGAUAGCGCAUAAGUGGAAGUGCUUAAUGAUUGCUACUGACGAAGAAUACUAGACUACACUAAUUAAGGUGCCUGUAUUUUUCAUUAACCCUUCGUUUAAACGCAUCUCCGGACUUGUCUAUAGAAGGGUUUUUCAAACACUUAAUCUUAUUUGUAUAUUUUGGCCGUGAGACACGCAUGCGCCUUCACAUGAUGCCUGCGGUUUUCUAUGUGUCGUUUUAUAUGGAAACACUGCGAGUUUCAUCGACUUCGGCGUCCAGUGUGUAUCAUAUGCUCAUUGUUUGUUAAGAUAUGGAAACGGUUUCUAACUUACAAAUCGAACGCAAACAAAUAACCACAUACAACGGGCUUAAGAACACAUGAAUGAAAAACGCUCCUAUUAUCGAGUUAAUGAUCUUACGAAAACGCAAUUAUUCAUAAUUUUGCAUGCCAGCUGCGACUGUUUUGCGUUUGUUGCGCGAACUAUGAUCUAAUCCCCAAAGGUAUAUGAAAUUAACAACAGAUCGUUGAACAUUUAAGUAGUAUUUUAAGGGAAGGACGGUAUAAUACAGCGCAAAGUGCAACUUAAAAUCCAUUUAAAAUGUCUUCAGUAAAAGGAAGACAUUUGUGGCUAGAAAGCAUUUUUUCAGCCCUUAUAUGGUUGGGUUGAGUAUACAGUGUUGUCAUAGGCAGUUACCUCCUCUUAGCAGAUUAAUUAAUGCUUAACGCUACUAUUUAAGGUCAGUUUGUUCGCCGAUUUGAAUCAAACAUCAAAUAGUGUUUCUCAUUUUUCUUACUGUCCUUGAUGAUUGUUCACUUUCCUGAAGACUAGAAAAAUUGUGCCUGGCACGUAGAAGCUGUAAGACCGACUAAAUUCUCGAGGAAACGCAGAUUUCGCGUUUGAAAACAAGUGACAUUGUCAUUAACACCAGGUCUUUCCUUUCACUUGCAAGAUUCCAGUCCUCUACCGGCCGGAGGCAUUCCACCAGUAAUUCUUCCAACUCCUCCAACGUUUCUGCCACUUCUGACCUGCAAUGAAAAGCGGGAAAGCCGUGGUACAGUCUAA